GAGUAAGCGGCCAUUACUGGCUAACCAACGAAACUCAAUUGCUACUAAAAUAAGUAAUUGAAUAGUCGGCUCUCCGCUCCAUCAAGUUUUCUUUUUCAUCGCAUCUAAGCCAAACCCAGAAACCCCUCCCCUCUCCUUCUACGCAGAGGAAUCAAAAUCAUGUUGUUCUUUUCGUAUUUCAAAGACUUGGUGGGAAGAGAAGUGACGGUGGAGCUGAAGAACGAUUUGGCUAUCAGAGGAACCCUUCAUUCCGUUGAUCAAUACCUCAAUAUCAAGCUCGAGAAUACUAGGGUUGUCGAUCAAGACAAGUAUCCUCACAUGCUUUCGGUAAGGAACUGUUUCAUCAGAGGCUCUGUUGUGAGAUAUGUUCAACUACCUCCAGACGGAGUCGACAUUGAAUUGCUUCAUGAUGCCACUAGAAGAGAAGCUCGUGGAGGCUGAAAAAGCAGCUUUUGUUGACAAAUUCAGUGUGCUUUUAAUGAUUUAGAUAUUUUGCUUCAAAGAUUGUGACAAGUUAUCGAGGAUUUAUUCCUUUUUGCAUUAAUGUAGACAAACUUGCUUGAUUUUUGUGUAUCGGCAAAUUUUAUUGGAUGAAAAAAAUGUUUCCUUACCAAA